UUCUGCUAAUUGAAAGAAAAUGUGUGUUUUAUAGCGGCAAGAAACGGUUGUGGUUUUGCGAAAACAAGUCGGAAGAUAUUCCUUUCACGAUGAGCAACAGAACCUCUUAUUUCUACGACCCGGACGUGGGCAACUUUCAUUACGGUGCCGGUCACCCGAUGAAGCCCCACCGCUUGUCUCUGACUCACAGUCUGGUGUUGCACUACGGACUCUUCAAGAAAAUGAUGGUGUUCAAGCCGUACAAAGCGUCUCAGCACGACAUGUGUCGGUUCCACUCCGAGGACUACAUCGACUUCCUGCAGAAGGUCAGCCCCAACAACAUGCAGGGCUUCACCAAGAGCCUCAACACGUUCAAUGUCGGGGACGACUGCCCUGUGUUUCCAGGCCUCUUUGAGUUUUGCUCCAGGUACACAGGCGCCUCCUUACAGGGCGCCACGCAGCUCAACCACAAGAUAUGCGACAUUGCCAUCAACUGGGCCGGAGGUUUGCAUCACGCCAAGAAGUUUGAGGCAUCUGGGUUUUGUUACGUCAACGACAUCGUCAUCAGUAUUCUGGAGCUCCUCAAAUACCACCCCAGAGUUCUGUACAUCGACAUCGACAUUCACCACGGCGACGGCGUCCAGGAAGCCUUUUACCUGACCGACCGCGUCAUGACCGUGUCCUUCCACAAAUACGGGAACUACUUUUUCCCCGGAACGGGUGACAUGUACGAGGUGGGCGCAGAGAGCGGUCGGUACUACUGCCUCAACGUUCCCCUCAGAGACGGCAUCGAUGACCAGAGCUACCGGCAGCUGUUCCAGCCGGUCAUCAAACAGGUGGUGGAUUUCUACCAGCCGACCUGCAUUGUUCUCCAGUGUGGAGCAGAUUCUCUGGGCUGCGACCGGCUGGGCUGCUUCAACCUCAGCAUACGAGGACACGGCGACUGUGUGGAGUUCGUGAAGAGUUUUACGAUUCCUCUGCUGGUCCUGGGAGGAGGAGGCUACACCGUGAGGAACGUGGCUCGCUGCUGGACCUUUGAGACGUCUCUGCUACUGGAUGAAACCAUCAGCGAUGAGCUGCCUUACAGCGAGUACUUUGAGUACUUUGCUCCGGACUUCACGCUGCAUCCCGAUGUGAGCACCCGGAUAGAGAACCAGAACUCCAGACCGUACCUGGAGCAGAUCCGCCAGUCGGUGUUCGAGAACCUGAAGAUGCUGAACCACGCGCCCAGCGUCCAGAUCCACGACGUGCCGUCCGACAUGCUGAGCUACGAGCGCACCGACGAGCCCGACCCCGACGAGAGGGGCGGCGACGAGGCCUACACCCGGCCGGAGGCGGCGAACGAGUUCUACGACGGCGACCACGACAACGACAAAGAGAGCGACGUGGAAAUUUGACCCGCGAGGACGAAAAGGAGCGGCGCUUUGGGUUUUGGAUUCUCGCAGCGUUCGAUUUCUUUGUCUCCAAACCGAGCAGAAACGAUUCUGGAAGGACUGAAAAGACUCCACGAGCUCCUCUUCUUCCUCGUUUGAGGUAGACACACACACAUGCUGACGUCGUGCUCGUUCCGACCCGUUGGAGCCGUAACGUGACGUUUGCGUGCGGUGUCGAACGUCACGGAGCACGGCGGCGGCACGGCAGUAUUCACCUUUCUAUGACGUAACAGACCGGGGUCACGGGGUCACGCACCGUGUCAUGUCAAGUCUACCGGAGGUGGUGCUUGUUUUGACUUUGUCAACUGGUAUCACAACACAAAACAACAACACUCUGUUUGUGCGUGUGAGGAUGUGCACACCUAGAUGUGCCAAUAGCAGAUUUUCUCUCCGUCACGUGUUAGCAAUGCGAUGUUUUUUAAUUGUCAUCUUUUGUUGUUGUUGUUGUAUCAACUUAUUGUAUCGCUCAUAAAGUGGCCAACAGAAUUCAGUGCAGAAGAGACGGUUGUUUUAAGUGUCCGCCCCGAUCCACGAUUCUCACAUUGGUCAAUUCAGAGGUUUAAAACAAAGAUUUGAAUUAUGUGACACAGAAUCUCAGAGGUACACAUUAUUCGUGUGCCUUACAGCUCUGAAAAGGCGAUCCUGUGUGAGUGUGUGUGUGUGUGGAGCUGGGCACUGGGUGAUGUGGAAGAGGACGGACGCUCGCUUGUGGAACCUUUUGUCUGGAAGCAGUUCGUCGUUGGGCUCAUGCCUGGAGGGCGGCAGACGCAGCAGGGACGUCUUCUACCAUCUGCCACGCCCACUUUUAACCAGAAACGUUCUUUGUUGUCAUUAUUCUUUAUUUUUUUAAUAUUGUCUACUUUUUAAUAAAAAGAAUUAUUGAAUCAA